AUGGCGCAGCCUUCAGUAGCCAAAGCAGCUGGCAUUAUCCAGCUCCCAGUAACCGCAACACAAAAAGGAGCCUCUGCACCGGCGCCAGCAAAGAGCACUCCAAAGCUUCCAGUACCGAGAUUGAAACUGAUCGUUCGUCGUCUCCCUCCCGGACUGACGCGUGCCGAAUUCGAGUCGGGCCUGGGCGAUGAUUGGAAAGUAGGGCAGGGCAAGAUUGACUGGUACCAAUACAAGCCCGGUAAAAUCUCGAAGGAUCCUGCUAAACCGUCUCGCCCUGCCCGAGCCUACGUGCAUGUCAUUUCAGAAGAUUUGAUCACUCCUCUAUCUGAAAAAGUUAGGAGCACAUCGUUUCAUGAUGCACGAAAUACCUCCAAUGAUGCCGUGCUUCUCGGGCCACCAUCUGUCGAAUUUGCCCCCUACGCUCGAGUUCCAGGUAAUCGUUCGAGGAAGGAUGGAAGACAGGGAACCAUUGAUCAAGAUCCAGAUUUUGUUGCAUUCCUCGAAAGUUUAACCAAUCCGAUUACGAAACCUACGCCAGUGGAAGGUGAUACGGAGAAGAAGGAGGACGAACAAGUGACUAUUACACCAUUGGUUCAAUAUAUCAAAGACAAGAAAGCUAGCAAGGCAAAAGAGGCUGCUUCCGGGAAGUCAUCAAAACGCGCAAAAGAAAAAGAGGCAAAGGCAGAGAAAGCAGAGGCCAAGAAGCUUUUGAAGAGGCCAGAUCGAGAGGCCCCAGCAGAGUCUACGCCCGCAUCACCCGAAAAGAAAGCGCCGUCAAUAACAAAAAUAGAAAAAGCUACGAAGGAAGCUGUGAAAGCCGCAAACAAACAAGCGACCACUUCCAAAUCUAAACAGCCAUCUACCAAAGAGAUUGCACAGCUGCCUACUGCACCUGCUGCCGCGUCCGAACGUAAACGAGAACGAGAACGGGGGGAUGUUAGCGUCGCAGCGAAAAUUGUACAGCGGGACUUGGGGCUCGCACCAUCUGGUGGCCGACGGCGCGGAAAAGCUGCGACAACUACCGCAGAGAAUGAUCGUACAAAGAACAAUGAGGUCAGCGCAGAAUCGAUCCCUUCGGCUCCUACGAUGCCGACAGGGCCAAAAAAUGCCAAAACAAAUACAAAAGGAGCCAAGGACAAUGCCUCGAAGGGCACGGCUUCCAAAGCCAAUCCUCCUGCCACCGCAACAACAUCAGGAGGCUCAAAUACCGCGUCUCCAGCUGCUGACAGUGCUACAACCUCACCAGGCCCUUCUUCAAGAGCACCAAGAGCUCCAAAACAACAAAAGGCCAAGCAACCCACUGUAUCCCCAACGGCCACACAAGCAUUCCUGAAGCACGCGAACCCAUCUCAAGGUGUUACGGAAGAUCUGCUUCAGACAGCAUUCAGCGCUUUCGGUAAGGUGGCCAAGGUGGAGGUUGACAGAAAGAAAGGAUUUGGAUACGUCGACUUUGCCGACGCAGGUAGUCUUCAAAAGGCGAUCGCGGCUAGUCCUGUGACAGUGGCACAGAGUCAGGUGGUGGUUUUGGAAAGGAAGAACCAGCCAACGCAAGCCAAGGCAGCUAAAGUGGAUGAACCAUCGUCGUCAGAAGCGCCGUCGACACCUAUUCAGCAGCCUGCUGGCACUCAGAAACGCUCUCGAGGGCCCCGCACACGGGGAGGCAGAGGACAUAAGAAAGCCACGGCAGCUGGUGAUGGUGGAAAGACUGAAACAGGAGAGGCGACACCUAGCGAAGCCUAG